CCGGCGGCCGGUUCCCAGCAGAGGCGGCUCGCCACCGGAGCGAGGGGGUCGCGAGGUUCCGCGGCAGAGGCCGGCGGAGGCUGCCCGGGAGAGGCGCGUCCCCGGCGCUUUCCGCGACACGCCCCCACCCCCCGCGGCGCCAGUGGUUCAGCCCGAGAACUUUUCAUUCAUAAAAAAAAAGAAAGAAAAGACGAGACUCGGCGAGGCGCGAGUGAGUCAGAACCACAGCGGCCGACGCCGACCCCGCCGAGCAUCCAGCCCGGGGCAUGUAUCGAGACUUCGGAGACCCGGGCCCGAGCUCCGGGGCCGGCGGCGCCUACGGCCGCCCCGCGCUGCCCCCGCCGGCCCCGGCGCACCCCGCCCAGCAGCAGAAGUUCCACCUUGUGCCAAGUGUCAACGCUGUGAGUGGCAACCAGGAAUUACAGUGGAUGGUGCAGCCUCAUUUCCUGGGACCCGGUGGCUAUCCCCGACCUCUGACUUAUCCCCAGUACAGUCCCCCUCAGCCCCGACCAGGAGUCAUCCGAGCCCUAGGGCCACCUCCAGGGGGGCGUCGCAGGCCCUGUGAGCAGAUCAGCCCAGAGGAGGAAGAGCGCCGCAGAGUGAGGCGAGAGCGGAACAAGCUAGCAGCAGCUAAGUGCAGGAACCGGAGAAAGGAACUGACAGACUUCCUACAGGCGGAGACUGACAAAUUGGAGGACGAGAAAUCGGGGCUGCAGCGAGAGAUCGAAGAGCUGCAGAAGCAGAAGGAACGCCUCGAGCUGGUGCUGGAAGCCCAUCGCCCCAUCUGCAAAAUCCCAGAAGGAGGCAAGGACCCGGGUGGUACCAGCAGCACCAGCGGCACCGGCAGCCCACCAGCGCCCUGCCGCCCGGUGCCCUGUAUCUCCCUUUCUCCGGGGCCCGUGCUUGAACCGGAAGCACUGCAUACCCCCACACUCAUGACCACACCCUCUCUGACGCCUUUCACUCCCAGCCUAGUUUUCACCUAUCCUAGCACACCAGAACCUUGUUCCUCAGCUCACCGAAAGAGUAGCAGCAGCAGUGGCGACCCCUCCUCCGACCCCCUGGGUUCUCCCACACUCCUGGCUUUGUGAGGUGCCCAGUCACACCCCUUGCUGGUACUACCCCGUUGAUCCAGCAGGCCUGGACCACAUCCAUGCCCAUACCAGCAGGCCCUUAUCUCUUCAGAUUAGAACGAACACAUUAUGCUUUGAUACAGAGCCAGCUUGGGGGUCGGGGGAGGGGAGGUCCCCCAAAGCUGCUCAUUGUUUCUCUAGAGCUGGCCUUAUCAGAAUUUGCACAAAAUCAGAGACAAAAUAUGUCCCCUCUGCCGGAGAAGUCCUGCAGCCCAGACUCUGGAGAUCCCCAGCGGUCUUUUGGAGUCCUAGUGGUCUGCAAGGCCACUUUCUCCAGGUUAUCCGGCCAACCCUACACCUAGACGGAAGGUGCCCUUUCAGUAGCCUAGAACACUAACUCACACAGCACCGCUGCCAGCAGCACCGGACAUCCUGCAGGCUCCUCCUGACCGGCACAGCUCGGGAGGCUCCUGUGGCUUCUGAGCUGAGCUGAGCUGCACUCCCUAGCUCUGAGAAGCCUUUAGCUCCAGGGUAUCCAAGCCUCCACAGCAAGGGUGGCUGCUAUUUAUUUUCCUAAAGAGACUAUUUUUUUUAUAC